GAAGGAGAUGACGCUUGAAGCUCAGGCGGCGUUGAAUCUGGACCUGAGGCACGUCAUGUUCAUGCAAAACGCCGCUGAACCCGUCCGCUCCAGCACCGGCCGCGAUUUUACCGAGGCCUUUGCUGCGGUGGGUUUGCCAGCUCACUUCCUCAACGCGGCCUACGGCUUGGCCGAACACACAGUCGGCUGCUCCUCGUUCAGCCCCAACCCAGAAGGAAGGAACUUGGCUUUGAUUCCAGACGAACGGCUUGAGGCUUCUGGAAACAUGGAGUUCUCGUGCAAAUUGGGCCAUGUGAAAAUCGUCGACCCCGAAACCAGUCGUGAGAUGCCAGCCGGGGAAACAGGGGAGAUGUGGGUAUCCUCGGCGUCUGUUGCUGCGGGUUACUGGGGAAAGCCCGAGCUCACCAACGAGACCUUUCAUGCUCGAAUUAAGUGCGACAAGCAAGAUGGGACGUCUCCGCCCCUGUGGGCUGAUUUCGAGUGGCUUCGCACCGGAGAUCUCUGCCGCGUCGACGCCGACGGGAUCCUUUAUGUUAAAGGCCGCAUCAAGGACCUGAUCAUCGUCGCCGGUCGCAACAUCUAUCCCCAGGACAUCGAGUUUUCCGCCCAAGAAGCGUCACCACUCGUGCGGCCUGGGUGUGUCGCCGCCUUCUCAGAGGAGGAACUAGGCGGCAGUCUGCAGAUCGUGCUGGAAAUUCGCAAGACGGCCAAGGGGAACUCCGUUGCGAUCCGCGAAGCACUCGAGGCCGUUCGCGCUAAUGUCAUUAAAGAAGCUGGACUUUGCCCCUCGACCGUGGUUGCGAUAAGGCAGAGGUGCAUCCCCAAAACUACCUCGGGUAAGAUUCAAAGGCGGAAAACACGGGCCUUGUUGCAGAGCGGAGGGCUUGACGUGGUGCAGGAGCUCUCCAAAGACUCUGGCCCACAUCUGUUGCAGGCAACACGAGCUGUUGCUCCUGCUCUCGCGCACGACCCAGACAGCCCGGAGACAAUACCACCCCCGGCGAAGGCAGGAACCCCAGUGGACCGGACAUUGGACCUCUCAAAGACAGCUCGGACCUCAGCAGAUUCAGAGGAUUCCCUCUCGGAGGAGUGCAAUGGGGGAAGUGUGGCACACCGAGCGAACUUCCCACUCCAGGCCGAAGAAGUUCUUGGCAUCAUCGAGGCCGUGACCGGUAUGGAAGGCCUCAGGUUGUCUGACGACCUUUUGAACCUGGGAGUGGAUUCCCUGUCGGCAGUUGGUAUCAGCUCGAAACUGUCCGAGGCAUCCGGGUUGGAAAUACCGCCGGAGCUGGUCUUCACGCACCCUAACGCUGGUCUCAUUGCUGAGUACGUACGCUCUCAAGGCGGGAGUCUGGAACGGAUUGACCAGGCCAAGGUCGUCCAGGGUUUACCGAGGGAGCUUGACCAGGGCACUCACGCAUCCAGCGCAAUGUCUGCCGACGGGUUCGAUAGCUGGAAUUGUCCGGGGGGGUCUCACUCCAAGAAACAGGCCGAAGCGUGGACGAUGGGUCCCAUGAGGGGGUGGGCUUUCCGACUGUCACAGGCAGUAAAGACGUGGCUUAGUGUAGAGGACGACCCAGAGGUGUUGGAGGAAGAAAUAGCAAUGGAACUGCAGGCUGUAGACGAGCAACUGGCCGGCGUAACCCUCGAUGACGAUGUACCCAGCGAAGAGGAAGACGACGACGGCACGGUCCGAACCCCUGGACUCCUGGUAGCACUAGCACCGAUAAUCUGGUUCGCCUCGUUUACGGUGAUGGUCAUCGUGGCAAAGUGGCUGGUGCUGGGCAGGCAGGCCCAAGGGUGCAUACCGCUAGGCACGCACGUCUAUCUUUCCUGGUGGUACACUAACACCAUGCUCAGCGUGUGGGAGACGACCGGUGGGAGGUGGCUGCUCGACACGAAGCUGGCCAUUCUCUUCUACAGGAUGAUGGGUGCCAAGGUGGCGUGGAGCGCUAGUGUGAAGGGAUUCCUUCGCGAGUUCGAUUCGAUACACAUCCGUGAGGGAGCUGAGGUGGCGGGCGAGCUCUACGCCCGCCGUUUCGAAGCGUCGUACAUGCUUGUCAUGCCUAUUGUGAUCGGCGAAGGAGCCACAGUUGCGAGUGGGGCCGUCGUGUACGGAGGAACGAAUGUCGGCGAAUACUGUGUCGUAUCGCCACUCACCGUCAUCCCUCCGUCCUCCAAGCUGGCGCUUGCCAAACAAGGAUCAAUUGUCUUCACCCUCGCGGCAGUGGUGUCGAUGACCUACGCACCAACCAUCCUGCACGAGUCCAUGGGGAUUUCGGAUGCCUUCCGAUACUCUUCUCUGGUCAGCAUCAUACUUGAAAUUUUCGGAGUAGGGACGCAGCUCGCGCUUCUCACGAUUCUUCUCAAGUGGGCUCUCGCAGGCCGCGCGGAGGGGAUCUACCAGCCAACCGCCUUCCGCACCUGGCGCCGCUGGUACCUUGGCCGUCUCCACACUUUCGUACAGGCCUACUUCCUGGUAUUCAAUCGGUUUCGUAGAUACGACUGGUGGGGCGCGGCGCUCGGCAUGAGCGUGGGCACAGGAUCGGUGAUUCUGCUGGCGUACAACCCAGAAGAUGCGCACUUGUACAAGGUCGGUGGUCAUGCCCACCUCGCCAACCCUACCCUCUCGGCCGACCGUGCAACCGGGAUCGGCUCCGAACGCGAGAAAAAAGCCAUAUCGAUCGGGUCACGGGCGAUGAUUGGAGAAGGAUCCUACCUAGGCGCGGGAUCUACGGUUGGUAGCAGCUCUCUGCUUGGUGGCUACGCGCUGGUGAGGCCCGGCGAGAAACUCGCCGACGGAAAGGCGACAAUGUGUGACAUCCACAGCGCUUAUCAGCUUGGUGCUUUGGCGCCCUCUUCACCCCGAACGGACUCCCUUGCGGAAAACUUUGUCGACGCCGCGUGCAGCCUCGGAGCCUGGCUUCUCAACGCCUUGGCGUUGGUGACAACAUUGGAGGCAACCAAGUUUUGCGCCGAGUUUAGCCCCAGACAUUCUACUGUUUCUACCGUUGUACUGUCAAUGUUUGCCAUCAUGGCAUGGGCGCUCAGCACGGCCGUGCUACUCGCGUUGUUCCGAUGGACAAUUGGAGGCAACUUGCACGUGGUACCUUCUACAGGUGUGUAUGGAGGUUUGAUAAAGUUGGCAGCGGCGGUGGAUGGGCCUGGAUCCAAUCGCGACGUCGAAACCGGUUUGCGGAUGCCGGGCCGGAAGAAAGCGAGCAUAACACUAGGGGGGUGUCAGGUUAUGCGAUGGCGUUGGAUGAGACGCGUUCUUUGCUUUUCGUUGUUCGAGCCGUUCGUCCUCGAGCCCUUGCUCAAGGGAACGUGGCUCCUCAAUGCCUGGCUCAGGCUAAUGGGGGCCGACGUGUCGAUGGGCGCCAUCAUUUUGGGCAGGGUAUCGGACUACGGCGGUGUUACGGUUUGCGAUGGAGCGGUCGUGGCCGGCGUGGUCUACGGCCACGUGGCGACCUUUGUCGACGGAAAGUGGACAAUGACAGUUGGCCCUUCUACUGUAGGUGUGUGA